UCUGAGCUCUGAGCUGCUCGUCGCAGAUAAGCUGCUUCUGACGCGAUAUGGCAUGGAGGAGGUGGUUGCUGGCGGCGUGCAUGGCCAUGGCGGUGGCGGCGGCGGCGGCGGCGGGCGUGGACGGUGAUGACCGGAGGCCGUACGUGAUCCGCAUGGACGUGUCGGCGAUGCCGGCGCCGUUCGCGACGCACGAUGGGUGGUACAGGUCGGUGCUGUCGUCGGUGACGGCGGCGGCGGACGGGGAGGCGGCGGCGGAGCACCUGUACACGUACUCCCACGCCAUGCACGGGUUCAGCGCGGUGCUGACGGCGCGGCAGCUGGAGGAGGUGAGACGGGUGGAGGGGCACGUGGCGGCGUUCCCGGAGACGUACGCGCGGCUGCACACGACGAGGACGCCGGGGUUCCUGGGGCUCGGCGCAAGCGCCGGCGUGUGGCCGGCGUCCAAGUACGGCGACGGCGUGAUCGUCGGGAUCGUCGACACGGGCGUGUGGCCGGAGAGCGCGAGCUUCAGCGACGCCGGCAUCGCGACGCCCGUGCCGGCGAGGUGGAAGGGCGCGUGCGAGGCCGGCGCGUCGUUCAAGCCGUCGAUGUGCAACAAGAAGCUCAUCGGCGCGAGGUCGUUCAGCAAGGGGCUGAAGCAGCGCGGCCUCAACAUCUCCGACGACGACUACGACUCGCCGCGGGACUACUACGGGCACGGGUCCCACACGUCGUCGACGGCGGCCGGCAGCACCGUCGCAGGCGCGAGCUACUUCGGCUACGCCAACGGCACGGCCACCGGCGUGGCGCCGAUGGCCAGGGUGGCCAUGUACAAGGCCGUGUUCUCCGCCGACACGCUGGAGUCCGCGUCCACCGACGUGCUCGCCGCCAUGGACCAGGCCAUCGCCGACGGCGUCGACGUCAUGUCGCUCUCGCUGGGCUUCCCGGAGAGCUCCUACGACACCAACGUGAUCGCCAUCGGCGCCUUCGCCGCCAUGCAGAAGGGCAUCUUCGUGACGUGCUCGGCCGGCAACGACGGCUCCGACGGCUACACCGUCCUGAACGCCGCACCCUGGAUCACGACCGUCGGCGCGUCGACGAUCGACAGGGAGUUCACCGCGACCGUGACGCUCGGCGCCGGCAGCGGCGGCGCGAGGAGCAUCCAGGGCAAGUCGUUGUACCCGGGGAGCCCGGCGAUCGCCGGCGCCGCCCUCUACUACGGCCGCGGCAACCGGACCAAGCAGCGCUGCGAGUACGGCAGCCUCAGCCCCAAGGACGUGCGCGGCAAGUACGUCUUCUGCAACGCCGGCGCGGGCGUCCAGCAGCAGAUGGAAGAGGUGCAGGAGAAGGGCGGCCGCGGCGUGAUCGCGGCGAGCAACAUGAAGGAGAUCAUGGAGCCGACGGACUACACCAUGCCGGUCGUGCUGGUCACCCUCUCCGACGGCGCCGCCAUCCAGAAGUACGUGACGGCGACGGCGGCGCCCAAGGUGAGCGUCCGGUUCGCCGGGACGGCGCUCGGCGUCAAGCCGGCGCCGGCCGUGGCCUACUUCUCGUCGCGCGGGCCGAGCCAGAUCAGCCCGGCGAUCCUCAAGCCCGACGUCGUGGCGCCCGGCGUCAACAUCCUCGCGGCGUGGGUGCCCAACAAGCAGGUGAUGGAGAUCGGCAGGCAGAAGCUCUUCGCCAAGUACAUGCUCGUCUCCGGCACGUCCAUGUCGUCCCCCCACGUCGCCGGCGUGGUGGCGCUGCUGCGCUCGGCGCACCCGGACUGGAGCCCGGCCGCCGUCCGCUCGGCCAUGAUGACGACGGCCUACGUGAAGGACAACACCAACGGCGUCCUCGUCAGCUUGCCAGGCGGCUCGCCGGGGACGCCGCUGGACUUCGGCAGCGGCCACGUCAACCCCAACCAGGCAACCGACCCCGGCCUCGUCUACGACUUGGCGGCUGACGACUACAUCGCCUUCCUCUGCGGCGAGCUCCGCUACACCAGCCGCCAGGUCGCGGCCAUCACCGGCCGCCGCACCAGCUGCCCCGCCGCCGGCGCCGGCGGUGGAGCAAACCACACUGACCUGAACUACCCAUCGCUCAUGGUCAUCCUCAACAAGAACGGCUCGGGCACCCGGACGUUCACCAGGACGCUGACCAACGUCGCCGGCUCGCCGGCCAAGUACGCCGUGUCGGUGACGCCGCCGGCGGGGAUGAAGGUGACGGUGGCGCCGACGACGCUGUCCUUCGGCGGCAAGGGCAGCCAGCAGGGGUUCACCGUGACAGUGCAGGUCAGCCAGGUGAAGAGAUCAAGAGGUGGUGACAACUACAUUGGCAACUAUGGGUUCUUGAGCUGGAAUGAGGUUGGAGGCCAGCAUGUUGUCAGGAGCCCAAUAGUCUCAGCAUUUGCCCAAUGAAGAAGAAGAAGAGAAGAAGAGAUGUUAGUAUAGCAUAAGCAAUAAACAAAUAAAUAAAAUGAAUGGAGAUAGAAAAAUCACACUAA